AUGCAACCCAACAACAACAACACCAAUAUUGGUGGAGGUACAAACACUACUACCAAUCCCAACCAUGCAUUCGCUCAAAUGAUGCAACAAAUACAAACCAUGAAUAGUCGAGGUGGUGGUGGUGUCUCGAGUGGUGGUGGUGGUGGUCCAACCACUCUUCUUCCGAAUCCAAAUAUGGCACAAUUAAUUCAAGCGAUGGGUACUUCGGGUGGUGGUGGUACAAGUGGUGGUGUCUCGAGUGGUGGUGGUAUGGAUCCCUCUAUGGCAGCAGCUGCAAUGGUCAAUAAUAUGGCUGCAUUGGCAUCUGCUCGUGCCAUCAAUCCAGCAGUAUUGGCAAGGAGUGGAUUGAUGGGAAUACCACCCACCCAUCAUCCUAUGGGGGUCAUGCCCAUCCAUCCAACAACAACAACAACAACGAAUACGACCAAUCCAGCAAGUACAACUAAUACUUUACAUGUUCCGAAUACAACCAACAAUACCAACAAUACAACAACCAUCAACAACAACUCUACCCAUCAAAACAACAACACUUCUUCACACUCCUCCUCUUCCAACACCACCACCACCACCAACACUACUACUACUACCACCACUACUAACACUCGAAACCAAUGGCAUGAUUCAGUGAGUAAAGCCACUCGUCAAACACUGUUCAAUAAGAUUGCAGAAUUUAAACAUAAUCGAGUGCAUCCUACCAUCGAUGAUAAAUCCGAAGAACAACGAUAUAUUCUCACUCAUGUGAGUCGUGAAUGGAAAGGUUCUUCCACGAAAGAACAAUUUGCAAAAAGUAUUGCUCUGUGGUUAAGCAAAGAAGGAUCAAAAACAAGUAUUGAUCAAAUGGAAAAGACUUUAUUAGAUAUAUUGAAUAAGAAUCAACCACACACAGCCAUGUCCAUCAUGAUGAUGGAUUCAUCGAGUGGAAGCAGCGCAACAACUACUGGUCAAAGUGGUGGUGGUGGUGGUGGCAAUACUACGAUAUUACCUCCCACUGGUACUGGUACUACUACAAAGGAUAAUUCUCUAUUCAACAUGAUGGCCACAGCAGCUACUUCUAUUGGAAAUAAUACUGGAAAUAUUCCCAAUAUGACUAAUCCAGUACUUUCCAGUAGUAGCAGUAGUGGUGGUGGUGGUGGUGGUGUCAAUAAUGGAGGCGGUAAAUCAAAUCUUACGACUGCUGUGCCUCCAAACACAACAAGUGGUACGACUCAAACCUCUUCUUCUUCAACAACAACAACAACAACAACCAAUAAUCGAUUAUUCUCUGAUCUUACUUCUGAACAAAAACAACAAUACAUGCAAAUUGUUGAAUAUUUAAAACCACACAUUCAAACCCUAACCAAUAUUGUUCAACCCUUACAAAAACAAAUUGCAACACUUCGAAGAGCAGCAGAAGAACAUAAACUUACUCCUGAAGUUAGAAAAGAUUUUGAAAAGAAAUCCAUGUAUUUGAGAGAAUUACUUAAUAUUCUUUCAAUGAUUAAGGAUGAACAAGGAUCGAAAAAGAAAUUGGAUACUCUCAAAGAACAAUCCUUAAUCAGUGCAAGACAAAUUCGAGAUUUAAUUGAUGCAAAAGUACAUGCCUCAUCAGAGAGAGGUGCAGGAGGUAUUGCUGUCGUACCACCACCACCUCCAACAACAACAAGUGCUGUUGGUACAUUGAACACUACCACUAGUACGACCAACAACAACAACAACACGACUACAUCUGCUGCUGCUGUGGUUGUAGGAGGUGUUACUGCUGGAACGAGUGGUUCAACCAGCACCACCACCAACACUUUGACCUCCUCUUCAUCCAUACCAUCAUCAUCAUCUCAACACAGCAAUACAAGUACGACCAUUGUCUUACCAUCGAGUUCAUCAUCCACAACUGGAAGUACCAAUACUACCAAUACUACCAACACCACUCUUACCAACACUCACACUGGAAGUACUACCAUCACCAACACUGCUACCUUCACUUCACAUACUAAAAAUCUUGAUUUAAUGUUGGUUCAAUUUUUAAAAGAGAAAACAACAGAAGUAUCGACCAUUGAUUGUUGUAAAAAGUUACAUGAAGCAAGUAUUAAUCCUCUCAAUGAAGAUGCAUUCUUCACAAGUAUUAGUGACAUGAUGAAAAAGAAUGAAUUAACAACACUCAAGAAGAGAAAAUUAUCUUCACAAACCAUUCCAAUGACAAAUUCGAACAAGAAGAGAAUGCAACCUACUGACAUUUUACAAAGAUCAUUACAAUCUCUUAAUUUGAAACAAAUUAAUGGAAUUUCAGUCAAGUACAAAUUGAAUGUACAACAUUUAGAGGAUGCAAGAUUUCAAAUUAAUUUUGUUGUGACACCUGAAGAGAAGGGAGUUCUAACUUUACCAAAUUUAUCAGUUUGUGUGAUUGUUAAUCAUAAUGACAUUCUUCCAUAUUCUAUUUCAUUUAGAAAUAAUUAUCCUAAUGACAAGAAUAAUGUCUUUGUAAAUAUCAGAAAAGCAUUUAACAGCUUAUUAAUUGAAAAGACUACAAGUUUUAUCGAUCAAUCCACAACCAUGAGUGUACAAAACAAUACUUAUUCUAUUCAAAGAUGUAAUUUAUCAUUAUCAUUUAUUCUCAAUAGCUGGAUUUUAGCCAUCAAUCAAGUGAUUAAUCAAGAAUUAAUGGAAUAA